AUGCGUCAACCAGAAGAGGAUCAACGAGAGAAAGAAAAUGCUAACGGGGAGACACGUAAACAUUCAGAAAUCGUGAUAGAUCCAACACAAAUUGUCACGAAUGGGACGAGUAGCCCUCCAAGCAUCACGACGCACACAUACAGUGAGGCGCUCGCUGUGGCGGGUCAGGGCUGGUUCCACACCAUACUGCUGUUCGUCACCGGGCUCUGCCUGAUGAGUGUGGUCAACGAAACGGUCAACGUGGGCUUUAUAAUCUCCGCAGCCGAAUGUGACCUGAACCUCACCUUCAGCGACAAGGGUGUGCUGAAUGGGGCCGGAUUCUUGGGCGUGGUGUCAAGUUCCUACGUUUGGGGCUUCCUGUCGGACACCUGGGGUCGUCGCCGGGUGCUACUACUAGCGUCGACCGGUGCCCUCAUCAUAUCCAUCCUCUCCACCUUCGCACCACACGUCUGGGUACUUAUCGGAGCACGGUAUCUCGUCGGCAUCUUCGUAUCAGGCAAUGCGGCGACCUCGUACGCGUACCUGGCAGAGUUCCACGGUGAAUCCUCCCGGGCGAAGGUGAUCUCCUGGGCCGCCAUGUUCAUGGCGAUCGGAUUGAUUUUUCUACCAUCGCUCGCCUGGCUGAUCAUACCGCUCGAUGACCGGUUCGAGCUGUACCUGUUCGGCAUGCGGUACGACAUGUGGCGCAUCUAUCUGCUACUCUGCUCACUCGAUCUGAUACUCAUCAUUGCCGGUCUGCUAUAUCUGCCCGAGAGUGGAAAGUUUCUGCUCACUAACGGCCACCGGGAGAAAGUGGUGCAAAUUUUGGCCAAAAUCUAUCACCUCAAUCAGGGCGAACCGGAGCACACAUUUCCCGUCAAGUCGAUCACCCUGGACGCGAUAGAUGCGCCGUACGCCGAUGAAAUGCAGCGCCGGUCCAACCUUGGACUGCGCUACUUGUGGCAGCAAACCGUACCCCUGUUCCGGGCACCAUUGCUGUGGCACACGCUCAAGGCAUCCGUGCUGAUGUUCGGGCUGUUUGCCACCUCGUCCGGCCUGUUCCUCUGGAUACCGGACAUCCUUAACACGUACGUCCAGCACGAGGACAUGCAGCUGUGCGACGUGAUUGCGCUGAUGCACGCAAACAAAACGGCUGCCCGUACGAACGAUCCAACCGCUGGCAGCACCUGCCCAAUUGCGAUCAACGCGAACAUCUUUCUGAUCACCUCCGCGAUGGGUGUCGUCUUUCUGGCGUGCUACAUCCUGAACGGUUUCAUCAUCAACCGCGUCGGCAAGACGACACUGCUCAACGGCUGGUUUGUGGUGUGCGGUAUCUGCGGGCUUGCCGUACUGUGGACUUCCGAUUUCUAUCUGACGCUGAUACUGAUCGCCGCCUUCGUCUCGUCUGGCUGCCUCGGUGGCGUCCUAAGUGCAAUAUCGGUCGACCUAUUUCCGACUAAUUACCGGGCAAUGGCGAUGUGCCUGAUUCUGAUGACCGGCCGGUUUGGGGCAAUGGCCGGCAGCAACAUUAUCGCCUAUCUGCUCACGUAUAACUGCAAUCUGAUCUUCAUACUGUUCGGCGGUUCACUGCUAGUUUGUGCUCUAAUUGGAGCAACCUUAACGGAAACGUGA